CUAUUGCCGCCACCUCAGGACGACGACUCCUCCUACGACAAAAUGUUCAUCGCGGUCAUUGUCCUCGGUGUCCUGGCUGCCACCUUCUGUCUGCCACUGACCGUCUGCCUGGUAUGUCCGCGGGCAUUCCACUUUGUCUGCGAACGAGCCUGCCCAUCGUUUUGUGCGGUCAGCUUCGAGAUCAUGGUGGACGGUUGUCACAGAGUUUGGUACGGUUCCAAGAGAACGGCGGAUAAAUACCUGUUUGUGGCGCCUAAAGAAGGGGGUGGGGGGUUGAUGGUUUGA